AUGUUCGCCACGUGCAUCGGCCCUCCGCCCCUGUCACCGGCUGCGGCGGCCCUCGAGCGCCAUGACCUUCCGCUGCCAGCCGGGGGGGCGCUGCGUGACGCCGGCCGCCUGCGGCGAGAGCUGCUGGACCAAAGCAGCGUCGUGGCGUCGACACUGGCGGCUUCACGGCCGGGGAGCCAGGUGUGGGGACCGGCAGAUUCGGCGGCUGUGCAGCAGCAGCAGCAGCAGCAGCAGCAGCAGCAGCAGCAGCAGCAGCAGCAGCAGCAGCAGCAGCAGCAGCAGCAGCAGCAGCUUGCGUCGCCGAUCGAUUUUGACAGUGGCCGUGCAUCUGCAUCAGCGCUGCUGCGGCUGCGAGCAGAGGGGGCCGGCAGCCUGCACUGGACCCCCAGCAGGCUCCAAUUAGAGGAGCAGCUGGCGACGGCGCAGGCUGUGUCGGACGCCGAGCUUGAGCCGGACAUGAAGUCCGGCUGCGAGCGGCUGCAGGAGCGCCUUUCUGCUUUCAGGCUGGUGGCUAUGCGGUCGGUGGGCGACGGCAACUGUCAGUUCAGGGACGACUCGGAAUUUUAUGCCAGCUAUCUGGGGGACGACCUGGAUGCAUACCUUGCUUCAAUGGAGCUCAGCGGGACGUGGGGCGACGAGCUGACUCUGAGGGCGCUGUCGGACGCUCUGUCGAUGCGCGUCCUCGUGAUCACGUCGGAGCAGCACAACUGGCUGCUGCGGUAUGAGCCGGCUGAGGAGGCGCCUCGGCUGGAGUGCUUCCUGCUGUACGACAGCCCGGUCCACUACGACAGCAUCCGGUGA